UUCAAGUCAGGUCGGAACCAUGAGCCUGAGCCUAAUCGGAGCAGCAGCCGCUCGGCCUCGCAACUGGACUCUACGCGGCGCUGUUCUUCUCCUGGCACUGCAGCUCAUCCAGACUCCGAAUGCCCUGCAGCACACCGAGGAGGGCCUCGAGCUGCUCUUUCGCGAACGCUCUCAGUCGGACUGGGAAAACGUCUGGCAUGGGGAAAGGCAUUCACGCUGUCGGGACAAAUUGGUGCGACAACUGUACUGGGCCUGUGAGAAGGACAUCUACAGGCUGACACGACGCAAUCGGAAGAGGGGUGGCGAUGAGAUACCUUUGAAGGGCAGCUACAAUCCUGGAUCUGGAUCUGGAGCAGCUGCAUCGACCUGGUUGCAUGUGAACUAUGCCAACAUGUUGCUCCGCAGCAGGCGCUCGGAUGCACCCUCCAUAACCAACGAGUGUUGCACCAAGAAUGGUUGCACCUGGGAGGAGUACGCCGAGUAUUGUCCCUCCAACAAGCGUCGCAAUCAUUACUAAAAUCCCUCAAUUAAUGUUCCUGUUGUUGUUAACUCCUAAUAAUAAUGUCUAAAUCUAAUGCUAAUUAUAUCGUUCUUUUUUUUUGUGUGUAUGUUUGUUUGUUGCAUCACAUUGGUAACUGAAUAAAGUCUUAUGCCACA